AUGAUGACUACAAAGCAUAGUGUGGACCUGAUGACGAUGUUGAACUCAGUGGGACUGAGCAUUGUGGCGUUGCUGUCAGUGAUUGGAGCAGCUACAGUAGAGAGAGCUGGGUAUGAUUACUACAGAUACCACCCCAUGGCAGAGAUCACUGACUGGAUGGUUCAGAUUGCAAAGGACAACAGUGAUAUUGUGAAAAUCAUCGACUAUGGAAAAACCUACGAGAUGAGGACUAUUAGCCUGCUCAAGAUUGGCGUUGAUACAGGAGAGAAGAAGAAGGCUAUCUGGAUGGACUGUGGCAUUCAUGCCAGGGAAUGGAUCGCCCCGGCCUUCUGUCAGUAUUUUGUCAGACAGAUUCUGGACGCUUACAAAGCAGACUCCAAAAUGGGAGAGAUGAUGAAGAAUAUGGACUUCUACGUCACGCCUGUUCUGAACAUGGAUGGCUACCUCUACAGCUGGAAGGAUGAUUCCACUCGACUGUGGAGGAAGAACAGGUCACCUGGACCGGCAGAUUGUGAGUGUCAUGGCACUGAUCUCAACCGCAACUUUGAUGCCUACUGGGCAACAAUCGGAGUAUCUUUCAACUGCUGUUCGGAGAUCUACUGUGGUAGCGAAGCAAUGUCUGAGCCAGAGGCACAGGCCGUCACUUAUUUUGUAGGAACCAGGAAAGAAGACUUCCUAUGUUUCCUCACCAUCCACUCCUACGGCCAGCUGCUGUUGCUUCCCUAUGGAAACCCCAACUACACUGCCGAAAACUACGAUGAGCUGAUGGAGGUUGGUUUGGCAGCAGCAGAUGCCAUUAGAAAUGUCCACGGGAAGAACUACACUGUUGGAACCUCACCAGAUGUAUUAUACGCAAACUCCGGGUCAUCCAGAGACUGGUCUCGGAAGCAGGGCAUCCCCUACACCUACACCUUUGAGCUGAGAGAUGAUGGGACAUAUGGAUUCAAACUUCCUGAGGAUCAGAUCAAGCCGACUUGUGAGGAGGCCUACGCUGGAGCCCUGCACAUCAUCACCCACGCCCAUGACAAGACCUUUAGCAGUGCUGUGGUGACUGCUGCUGCAACCUUGUGGACCUUACUGUUAGCAAUCGGUGUCACUAGCAAUAACCUGAUGUGA